GGAAAAAAGUGCAUAAUCAAAUAUGCCGUCAUAGAGCAUUCACAGCAACAUCACUUAGAGAUUACCAGGGACCUCUAUAUAUGUCUUAAGAGUAUUCUUUUCCUUCUGAUUACGAUACAACCAUCAGGCCACAAUUGCCAGGGACCUUGUAUAGCGGGUUAAAGUUUUCGAACAAAUUGCUGGCCAAAGGUAUCCCUGGAUUUCAAUACGAGAUAUUGUUAAUAGCGCGCCAGUAGAGAUCAGCUUAAAAAGCUUGUUCCUAAUUGUGAUAGGAUGGUAAUUAUGAUUUAAUCCCUCAUGAGCUAUAUUAUUAGGUUCACGCACGCUGUCCUGGCUUCAUCAUUAAAGCGUCUAGGUUUCUAUUACAACUCUUCAUCGCUUCUACUAUUGCACCAACGUAUUGAUGAUGAAUUUCCUCUCCAAAGUAUUACUACUUUGCGCACUGGCAAACAGUUCAAUACUGGCUGUGCCGAAGGCAAAGCAGUUUACCUCACGCAAUUUCUUGCUUGAGAGUAGGGCUCAACACCAGUCCCGAGAUGUGAAACACAUACCGAGCUUCAUCUGGAACGGAGGCGAGGUUGCUGGUCCACGUUUUGCAUCCGUCACUGCAGAAGUCAUCAUCCCCAACAUCACCUUCCCGUAUGGAUACAAUGCCAGCGCAACCUACAGCCCUUCUGUUUGGGUCGGAAUUGGUGGAGACAAGAAUACUUGUGACGAUCCUGCACGCAUCAAAAAUGGAGGUCUCAUUCAAGGAGGUUAUUACUACCUAUACGACCCUCAGGGUGACUUUGGUGUUUUCGCCUUUUACGAGUGGUUCCCAGACCCGCCCAUUUUCUUGGACGACACAGAGGGCAUUGAGACUGCAAUUGGUGACCACGUGCGCAUGACCAUCACCCAAAAGGACAACGUGACUGGUACCUUUACGUGGGAAAAUUUCACCUCAGACAAAAAGUUUACAAAGGAAUUGAAGGCCCCUGCAAAUGGGACUUUGUGCACGAAUCACGCAGACUGGAUCGUCGAGAGCCUCAUGACGCGCGAGAACCAUGACACUCUGUUCCCAGAUUUCGGUGAUUUGUCCUUUACUAAUAUCAAGGCCGUAUCGGAAGCGAGCGAGGAGAUAUCACUACAGGAGCAUGGCAUUAUCGUUGAGGCUGAUCCUCUAUACCCGAGUGGGAAGAACUUGACUAUAUAUUGCAAGCCCAUGAUCCGCUCAUGGAAGAUAGGACCUAUCAAACCGUACUGGAUAUCCAUUAUAUGA